GGUGGGGAGGGGGAGGGGGGGUCCGGCGGGCGGCAGAUUCCCUCCGGCUCCCGGGGAGCCGCGGCAGGACCGGCCAGGAGGCGCCAUGGAGGGGAGCCCCAUCCCGGUGCUGACGGUGCCCACGGUGCCCUACGAGGACCAGCGGCCGGCGGGCGGCGGGGGGCUGCGGCGGCCCACCGGCCUCUUCGAGGGCCAGCGCAACUACCUGCCCAACUUCAUCCAGAGCGUGCUGUCGUCCAUCGACCUGCGCGACCGCCAGGGCUGCACCAUGGUGGUGGGCAGCGACGGCAGGUACUUCAGCAGGACGGCCACCGAGAUCGUGGUGCAGAUGGCCGCGGCCAACGGGAUUGGACGACUGAUUAUUGGACAGAAUGGCAUCUUGUCGACACCUGCUGUUUCCUGCAUUAUCAGAAAGAUCAAGGCCGCCGGUGGAAUCAUUCUAACAGCCAGCCACUGCCCUGGGGGACCAGCUGGAGAGUUUGGAGUGAAGUUCAAUGUUGCCAAUGGAGGUCCUGCCCCAGAUGUGGUCUCCGACAAAAUCUAUCAGAUCAGCAAGACAAUUGAGGAGUACGCCAUAUGUCCUGAUCUUCGAAUCGACCUAUCUCGGCUUGGAAGACAAGAAUUUGACCUGGAGAACAAAUUCAAGCCAUUCAGAGUGGAGAUAGUGGACCCAGUAGAUAUCUAUCUCAACCUCCUUCGGACCAUCUUUGACUUUAAUGCCAUCAAGAGUUUGCUGACAGGGCCUGGCCAACUGAAGAUCCGAGUUGAUGCGAUGCACGGAGUUAUGGGACCCUAUGUGAGAAAAGUCCUGUGUGACGAGCUGGGAGCCCCAGCCAAUUCUGCAAUAAACUGUGUCCCCCUGGAAGAUUUCGGGGGGCAGCAUCCGGACCCAAACCUGACAUACGCAACAACCCUUCUGGAAGCUAUGAAAGGAGGGGAAUAUGGAUUUGGAGCGGCAUUUGAUGCUGAUGGGGACCGUUAUAUGAUCCUCGGCCAGAAUGGCUUCUUUGUGAGCCCUUCUGACUCCCUGGCCAUCAUUGCUGCCAACCUCUCUUGCAUUCCAUAUUUCCGGCAGAUGGGGGUGCGAGGGUUUGGGAGGAGCAUGCCCACCAGCACGGCCCUGGACAGAGUGGCCAAAUCGAUGAAGGUUCCUGUGUAUGAGACCCCAGCUGGAUGGAGAUUCUUCUCAAAUCUGAUGGACUCAGGACGGUGCUCUCUGUGUGGAGAAGAGAGCUUUGGCACUGGCUCUGAUCACCUCCGGGAAAAAGAUGGCCUCUGGGCGGUCUUGGUCUGGCUUUCCAUUCUGGCUGCCCGGAAGCAGAGUGUGGAGGAAAUUGUCCGAGAUCACUGGGCCAAAUUCGGCCGCCACUAUUAUUGCAGGUUUGACUAUGAGGGCCUAGAGCCCAAGGCGACGUAUUACAUCAUGAGGGACCUGGAGGCCCUGGUCACAGACAAGUCCUUCAUCGGCCAGCAGUUUGCCGUGGGGAACCACGUCUACAGCGUGGCAAAGACAGACUGCUUUGAGUACGUGGACCCCGUGGAUGGCACCGUGACCAAGAAACAGGGCCUAAGGAUCAUUUUCUCAGACGCCUCACGGCUCAUCUUUCGGCUCAGUUCCUCCAGUGGUAUGCGGGCCACCAUCAGACUGUAUGCGGAGAGCUACGAGAGGGACCCCGGCGGUCAUGACCAGGAGCCUCAGGCAGUGCUGAGCCCUCUCAUAGCCAUUGCGCUGAAAAUCUCCCAGAUUCAUGAGAGAACCGGCCGGAGGGGCCCCACAGUCAUCACCUGAGUGGAGGAAAGAUCAGUGACGAGGGCCAAAAGAGAGCGCUUGGCGGGACAUACUUCACCCACGCCUUCUUGCUACCUGUUUGUGCCUUUUACGACUUUGGGGAAAAAAAAAAAGAUAAUAUGUUUAUGGGGGGGAGGGGCGGGGGGGAGGAGAAAAAAAUCUGUUUUGUUUGGGUUUGGUUCAGUUCCUCCAAAUGCAACAGGGGCUUCCGUUGUCUGUUAAAGCUGCACUAUCAUUUGGUAUCCAUAUUUUAGCAUGCAAAGGAACCUCACCUUUUGAGAAAAGAGUUAGCGGGCUGGGAAGGUGUCCAUCCUGGCAUCUGUGCGCCGUUGCUGUCCGGUGUGGAAAGGUGCUGAAAUCAUGGUCAGAGCGCAGUGCCAGAACUAAACUGACCCGAAGGCACAGGUGCCCCUGGGCGGAGCUCAGAAGACUCUCCUCGGCGUGGUGGAGGGCUUGGCUCUUCAUCCUGGGUCAGGCCUCCCGUGGGGGGAAGGUUGAGCCCCUCAUACCGCACCUCAUGCCCACAAGCCACCGUAUGGCCCCUUCCCCCACCCUCCCAUCCCCCCGGAGUCCCCAAGCCGAGUUCUCUCACGCCUUCCAGAGCAUUCUGCAGAUCACAAUGGCACACUUCCAGCGAAGCAUAUCAAAAGGGUGUUUUCCUCUCUUAUUUUGUAAAUAUUAUUUUCGCUAUUAAGCUGGCUGUGUUCUUUCCAACUCAGCCAAUCCUCGUGCAGGUGGAGAGCAGUUUCUUGGCAGGACUCUGCAAAUGAGUGCCUACGGUCCCACCAGCGCUCCCUUGAUGCCAUCAUGUACGGUGACACGGGGGUUUACAUUAAUUCCUCCUGGGAAGACAGAAUACCGCCAUGUCCACUGUCUCUCUGACUUUCUCUCUCUCUCUGUUAUCUUAUAAGGGUCUAUUUUAAUGCAAUCGUUUGGACAUAGUUCACAUCUUACAGCGGCUGUAGAAGGAGACAAUGUGAUGGCGUAAAAGUAGGGAAUAGAGUACUUACUGGGUGGUGGUUAUGGGCCUGAUGAGGGGUGGGGGGCCCCUGAUGGAAACCAGAAGGUCACAACUGGCUUUCUUUGCCCAGGAGCAGGCUAUUGCGGCCCUAGCAGCCUCUGUCUGUACUCAGCCAGGACACUUGGUGUGGUGCGUGGGACCUGUUUGCAUAUGUUUUGCUUCCUUGGGAACAGCACUGUCACUUACCCCGUCGUCAGCACAGAUGACGUGAUGCGCUUUGACUGUUAAGCAAUGUGUUGUUGCUGUAGUCAAGACUCGUGCAAGCAGGGAGAUGUUCCCAGUAAGGGAUUUGUUUCCACUUUCUAUCUCUGCUUCUGUCAGAAAGUCACUAGGACACUUAGUAGCCAAUAAAAAAGAAAUUCCUUAUUUCAA